UAUUUGCAUCACGCUGAAUACACAGGGGCGAGAGUUACCAGUCACCAGAGACUGGGAAGCGUGACGUCACGAUCAAACUGUUAUGUACCAGUCGCCAUCUUGGCAGGCUCUCUUACCAAACACCUCUGUCUGUUUUAACCGUAACUACGCACCAUCACCACACUGAUCGCCACAGAGGCUUCCCACAGCAGCCUACAAUCUUUGAGGGUGAUUCAACCUGCAGGCGCUGCCGUCUGCCCAAAGAAUUGCAUUAAAUUGUGCUGCGGCCACGUUAGAAUAGGACCGAAGCUGCCUGGCGUGUUAUGCCACCAGCGUCUUCCUCGUCGUCACGGGGCAUGUGGACAAGCAGCAGCGGUUCGAGGAGCCAUAAAAAACAUGGAAAUAGAAGGCGCACGAUUGCUUUUCCCCACACCAGGGACAGUGUACUUAUAGGCAGCAAGAGCCACACCUUCAGCAGACAGGAGCACCGCCGUCAUGAAGCUGGUACCCCCUCCCAGACGCCACCAUCUCUGAGGUGCACUACGUGGCUGACGAAAACGGGUACCGCGAUCAUUCACUCCCUCCGCCCGCUGCCCGCACCCCCUGAGGAUCCCCACGACCAUGACGACCUGCUGUAUGACCCCGCAACUCAUGAUCCGCCCACUGAAGACUACCUCCCAAACUCGCACGGUGAAGAACACGAUGAACACCACGGCCCUUCAGACUCCCACAUUGAUUAUAAUGUGAUUGACUCUCAUACUCACACUGACUGUGGCGCUCCUUCAGAGUCGCAAACUCCCUCUAUAACUAUCACAUUCCCACUGACACUCACACUCUUGAAUCACACUCCCUCUGACUCUCACUCCGUCAGUGACCACAUCUUGGGCUCACCUCAAGACAACCUCAACUCCCUCACCCUCGACCUGCGAUCAUCUGGCUGAGGUUGCUCCUCUCGAAUGGAACUACAAUUGAGCUGCAAUACGUGGGUGACGAAAACGGUCCCCAGCAACAAAAAAAACUACUUCCUCUCCAUGGCUGACAGAACGUGUAUUCGGGCUUCGCAGUUAGAUUACAGUGACUACAAAAUAAAAAAACACAUUCGAUCUGACUCAUUCUUUCAGUGACUCUCUUGGCGAUGAUUAGGUGACUAACUUUCCAUUUCUCAGUCACAUUCUCACUGACUCACUCCACCAAUGGCCACCACUACGAGCCACCAAAACACAUUUACGACUCAAUUACCAUCAAGCUGUAAACACCUGCCUGAUAUCACCCUACACCUGCAUAGAACAAAACACUAAUUAGUUAAUUAAUUGAAAAUUUUAUCUUGGCGCAGAAACAUGUCAAUGAAUCAAGGUCAUAUGCCGCGGUAGCAAAACAUACACCAAGAUAUGUAGCUUAAUCAAAUAAAUAAAGGAAAUCAA